AUGCGCACCCUGCGCCAACUGCGCGCCAGGACCGCCGCGGGUCUGCGCAGGGCCCGACCCGCCGCGCCACGGAGCCUGGCCCGACUCCGCCCCCUGGCGCCGGAGAAGCAAGCCGCUCUCUACGUCCACUGGCCUUACUGUGAAAAACGCUGCAGCUAUUGCAACUUCAACAAGUACAUUCCCCGUAGCAUUGAUGAGCCAGGAAUGAGAGACUGCCUCAUUCAGGAGGCCAAAACCUUGAUUCAGCUCAGCCAAGUCCAGAGAAUUACUUCAGUAUUUUUUGGUGGAGGGACACCAAGCAUGGCCAGCCCACUCACAGUUGGUGAUGUCCUGGACAGCAUCUCUCAAUGUGCCCAUUUAGCAGAAGGUGCAGAGAUCACAUUGGAAGCCAACCCCACUUCAGCUGAUGCUUCACGCCUUGCAGAGUUCCAGAGAGCUGGUGUCAACCGCCUCUCCAUUGGCAUACAGUCCCUUAAUGAUGCAGACCUGAAGCUCCUUGGAAGGAACCACACAGCAUCCGAGGCCUUGAGAACUUUAGAAGAAGCCAAGAGACUCUUUCCAGGCCAUACAUCUGUUGACCUCAUCUUUGGUCUCCCGGGUCAGACAGUUACCUCAUGGGUCCAGAAUUUGCAGAGGUUGCUCUCCGUGUGUGAUGACCAUCUCUCUCUCUACCAGCUGACCCUGGAGAGGGGUACCUCUCUCUUCAAACAGGUCUACCAUGGUUACCUGCCCACGCCAGAUGUGGAUGUAGUAGCAGAGAUGUAUGAGUGUGCACGGCACAUUCUGCAGGAUUCAGGUUUUCGUCAGUAUGAGGUCUCCAGUUUUGCUAGAAAUGGAGCACUUAGUGCACAUAACCUGUCCUACUGGCAAGGCAGUCAAUAUAUUGGGCUUGGACCAGGAGCCCAUGGGAGGUUUGUGCCAUGGGGAGAUGGCAAAACCCAUAAAGAGGCCAGGAUACAGACCCUGGAGCCAGAUAUAUGGAUGAAGGAGGUGCGGGCCUUUGGUCAUGGGACCCGAAAGCGGACUGCACUGAGUAAACUGGACAGAUUAGAAGAGGUUCUGAUGCUUGGACUCCGUAUGGAUGUAGGAAUUUCACAUCAGCACUGGCUUCAGUUUGCCCCCACUUUCAGUCUGUGGAAUGUGUUUGGGGAAUCAGAGGAAGUAAAAGAGUUGGAAGAGCAAGACUUGCUGAUUCUAGACGACAGGGGCCUCAGGUGUUCUUGGAAAGGUCUGGCUGCGCUGGAUACUCUACUGCUGACGCUUCUUAGCCAACUUCAGCAAGCUUGGGCAGAAAAAGAAGAAACAUCAGGUGGGACCUGAAGCCUAUA